GACGAGCAAGAUGAACAAGUGAUUAUGAGUACGGAUGAGAGUGAUGGUACUGAUGAUGGUGACGAUGACGUGGAGGGUGUCGAAGAGGUUGGUGGUGAUGAUGAUGACGUGUUGAGUCCCCAUUCGCCGGAAGAUGAUCAGGCUGAUGGUGGUGAUGAGGUGGAACAAGAAGAUCUGCGGCCGAGGAUGAGUUCAGGGGAGGAAUUUGGGCUGCCUGCUGGCUGGCAGGUCGAGGAAAGGCCUAGGCUUAGCGGAAAGCUCAAAGGCAGAUUCGAUAAGUAUUACUAUGAGCCAGAGACAAACAAAAGGUUCCGUUCAAUGAAAGAGGUCAAAGAACACCUCCAGAUAGAUGACCUUCCUCAGCCAUCCAGAAGAAAGAUCAAGAAAAGGGCAGGACGAGAUCACGUUGAUUCUGCGGGUACUUCGAGCUCAACAAGUGAGAGAGGGCGUGGCCGUGGGAGAAGAGGCAGCCGUGGCCGUGGCAGGAACUAUGGACCUCUUUCUCAGCCGGUUCUAAGGCCAUCUGCUAGGGGAACAACACUUCCAGCUCCUCCUCAC